CCCCCUCUCUCCCUUGCCUCUCUCUCUUUCUCUCUCUAGAUAUUUCUCUGCCGCUGCCCUGUUCUCUCUCUUCGAGCUCUCUCUCUCUCCCUCCCCAACAUUCUUGAAUUUGGUACGUUCUUGUACCGAACCCCUCAAUUUCUAUCGACAUGAAUUAACCAAUGAUGUCGUAAUAACGCUGGAAAUUUGAAAAAAAAAAUUCAAUUUCCUGCUCAAUUGGGCUCCAUUUAAUGGUGUUAUUUGUCAAAGUAUUUUUGGAGGAAUAAUGGAGUACGAGGUUCUGUACAGGCAGGUUCAGGGGCCGAAAUACGACUGCCUUCUGUUUGAUUUGGAUGAUACCCUCUAUCCGGCUAGUUCCGGUUUGGCAGCUUCGUGUGGCAAGAAUAUUCGAGAUUUCAUGGUCGAAAAGCUUGGCAUAGACAGGAGCGAAAUCCCGGCUUUGGGCAAUUUGCUGUACAAGAACUACGGGACGACAAUGGCAGGCCUUAGGGCAAUAGGGUAUGACUUCGACUACGAUGAGUACCACAGUUUUGUUCAUGGGAGACUGCCUUACGAGAAUCUAAAACCAGACCCUGUCCUGAGGCAUCUUUUGCUCAGUUUGCCAAUCCGCAAAGUCAUAUUCACAAAUGCAGACAAGGUCCAUGCUGCCGAGGCACUAAGCAGGCUUGGGCUUGAAGACUGUUUUGAGAGGAUUAUUUGCUUUGAGAGUCUGAAUCCCAUUCACAAGAGUACCGCAUCUGAUGAUGAAGAUGACAUUGAAUUCGUUGGCUCAAGUAUAUCUUCGACGACAGCUAGUAGCAACAAAAUAUUCGACAUAGUCGGUCACUUCUCUCAACCUGAACCUAGGUCGGCAUUACCAAAAACGCCAAUCGUUUGCAAACCAUCAGAAAAAGCCAUCGAACUAGCUCUUGAGAAUGCCAACAUUAGCCCCCAGAGAACACUAUUCUUCGAAGAUAGUGUCCGCAACAUUCAGUCUGGAAAGCGCGUAGGCCUGCACACCGUGCUGGUUGGCACUUCACGCAGAGAGAAAGGUGCAGAUCACACACUAGAAAGCAUACACAACAUCCGGGAAGCGUUACCGGAACUUUGGGAAGUGGACAAGAAAACGGAAGUCAGUUACCCAGGAAAGCUCGCAGUGGAAACAUCAGUGACAGCUUAGAAGAACCCCAAGUCAAAAAAAAAAAAUCAUGUUUAUUUUCUGAUAAAAAGGGCAUUCAUGUUCUAUGGGAUCUUCAUCCCUAGUUUCUUUCCUAUUGAUUGAAUGAUGUAGAUUCCUUGCUGCAAUCGAUUAAUCAAUCAAGAAUAACCUCUCGCGAGUUCAGCCUUGCAAAA